GUAGGGAGGGACUGAACACAACACGAAGUCUGCUGCUGCUGUACAUAGCAGCCACCAAAGCUCUCACCUCACUAUCAAUUAUUCUGCCUUACCAAAUCUUCAACCGGCAAAUACCAACCUUUUCUAUGCACUGUUACAUGCAGGUGCAGAGGGACCAUUAAUCGCCAUGAUAGCCAUUUUCGCUCGUGCACCGAAUAGGCCUUUGGCAGUUUAUGAUGUGACGUUGUGGGUGUAAGGUGGCAACAUGGCUGCAAUGAUACCGCCAGUUAAACUAAAAUGGCUGGAGCACCUCAACAGCUCCUGGAUUGCUGAGGACAGCGAGUCCAUCUCAACACGCGAAGGAGUUGCUGUGCUGUACGGCAAGCUGCUGGCCAACAAGGAGGUGGUUCUUCUCCCUCAGCAGGUGCUCUGUCUAAAGGGCCCUCAGCUGCCGGACUUUGAGAGGGACUGUCUCUCCAGCGAUGAGCAGGAGCAUUAUCUGGACGCGCUGCUGGCCAGUCAGUUGGCUCUGGCCAAGACGGUCUGCUCAGACUCGCCUUUCGCCACUGCCUUGCGCAAACGCCUGCUGGUACUGCAGCGUGUUUUUUAUGCACUUUCCAACAAAUACCAUGACAAGGGCAAGGUCAAGCAGCAGCAGCACUCUACUGAGAACACUUUGGGUUCUGCUGACAUGCAAGCAGUUAGUGAGCGUCCUCGCUCUAGUACAGACGCUCUUAUUGAGAUGGGCGUGCGGACUGGUCUUAGCUUGCUGUUCGCUCUGCUCAGACAGAGCUGGACACUUCCUCCAGCCGGGCCAGGAAUCAACCUCUGCAACGAUGUCAUCACUACAGCCAUCGAAGUGGUGGGCUCCCUUCCACCACUAUCAUUGGCGAAUGAGAGCAAGAUUCCACAGAUGGGCUUGGACUGCUUGGCCCAAGUGACCACGUUUUUGAAAGGAGUGACCAUGCGGAACUCGGGGGCAGACGUGGUGGGGAGGAGGCUGGCAUGCGAAUUGCUACUGGGCUUGGCGGCACAAAGGGGAUCACUGCGCUACCUGCUGGAAUGGGUGGAAAUGGCACUGGCUGCAUCGGCUGGUGUCACUAGCCAGGAUAUACAGAGCCAGGAGGGACUGAUGGGAUACAACUGCUUCAUGAACAUUCUAAUGCAGAUGAGAAGUUCACUGGGUUCAUCUAAUGAUCGGAGCCAGUGGAGAGAGCCGACCCGCACACCUGAUGACCUCUGUUCCCUUUAUGAGGCUGCACUUUGUCUGUUCGAGGAGGUGUGCCACAUGGCUUCAGACUACUCAAGAACCUGUGCAAGUCCAGACAGCAUCCAGGCGGGCGAAGCGGCAAUGGUAUCUGAGACCUGUGAGGUGUACGUGUGGGGCAGCAACAGCAGCCACCAGCUUGUAGAGGGCACUCAAGAGAAAAUCCUACAACCUAAAGUAGCUUCCAGCUUCAGUGAUGCACAAACGAUUGAAGCUGGCCAGUACUGCACUUUCGUCAUCUCCUCUGAUGGUUCAGUCCGAGCGUGUGGGAAGGGUAGCUAUGGCCGCCUGGGACUGGGUGACUCAAAUAAUCAGUCCACUCUUAAGAAGCUGACCUUUGAACCUCAUCGUGCCAUUAAGAAAGUUUCAUCAUCCAAAGGCUCAGAUGGCCACACGUUGGCUUUCACCAGUGAGGGGGAGGUGUUCAGCUGGGGUGACGGAGACUAUGGCAAACUGGGUCAUGGCAACAGCUCAACCCAGAAAUACCCCAAACUAAUACAGGGCCCUCUGCAAGGAAAGGUGGUGGUUUGUGUGUCAGCAGGCUAUAGACACAGUGCUGCAGUCAGUGAAGAUGGAGAGCUCUACACAUGGGGAGAGGGGGACUUUGGAAGAUUAGGUCAUGGUGACAGUAACAGUAGGAAUAUUCCCACACUUGUUAAAGACAUCAGUAAUGUGGGUGAAGUGUCAUGUGGAAGCUCCCACACCAUUGCCCUAUCUAAAGAUGGACGUACUGUCUGGUCUUUUGGAGGUGGAGACAAUGGAAAACUGGGUCAUGGAGACACCAAUCGUGUGUAUAAACCUAAAGUGGUGGAGGCGCUCCAGGGAAUGUUCAUUCGCAAAGUAUGUGCUGGCAGCCAGUCAUCUCUGGCCCUUACCUCUACUGGUCAGGUAUACGCUUGGGGCUGUGGUGCAUGUCUUGGAUGUGGUUCGUCAGAGGCCACAGCUUUAAGGCCAAAACUGAUCGAGGAGCUUGCUUCAACCAGAGUCGUUGACAUCUCCAUAGGAGACAGCCACUGCCUUGCUUUAUCUCAUGACAAUGAAGUGUAUGCCUGGGGCAAUAACUCCAUGGGCCAGUGCGGUCAAGGGAAUUCCACUGGACCCAUCACCAAACCCAAGAAGGUGAUUGGUUUAGAUGGAGUGGCCAUUCAGCAGAUCUCUGCUGGCACCUCCCACAGCUUGGCAUGGACUGCUCUCCCUAGAGACAGGCAGGUGGUGGCCUGGCACAGGCCGUACUGUGUGGACCUGGAAGAAAGCACUUUCUCUCACCUUCGCUCAUUCCUGGAUCGAUACUGUGACGGCAUCAACAACGAGAUCCCACCACUGCCUUUCCCAUCCUCCAAGGAGCAUCAUAACUUCUUGAAAUUGUGCCUGAGGCUAUUGUCCAAUCACCUGGCUUUAGCACUGGCUGGGGGUGUGGCCACCAGUAUUUUGGGAGGUCAAGCACGGCCACUCCGCAAUCUGCUCUUUAGACUGAUGGAUGCCUCAGUGCCUGAUGAAAUCCAAGAGGCCGUCAUUGAGACUCUGUCAGUAGGAGCGACAAUGCUGCUGCCCCCUCUUAGAGAGAGAAUGGAACUUCUGCAUUCACUCCUUCCUCAAGGGCCAGACCGCUGGGAGAGCCUCUCCAAAGGACAGAGGAUGCAGUUGGACAUAAUUCUCACUAGUUUGCAGGAUCACACCCAUGUGGCAUCUCUUUUAGGCUACAGCGCUCCUCCAGAUGCCUCUGAACCACCCAGUCAUCCUUCUGACUCUACGCAAGUGCCUGGCACACAGCCUGAUACACAUCCUGACACACAUUUGGCAGAGAUCUUAAUGAAAACUCUACUAAGGAACCUGGGCUUUUACACGGACCAGGCAUUUGGAGAGCUGGAAAAGAACAGUGAUAAGAUCUUGCAGGAAACAUCAUCAUCUGAGAGCAGCCAGCCAGCUCACCUUCAUGAAUUGCUCUGUUCUUUACAGAAGCAACUACUGGCUUAUUGCCAUAUCAACUGCGUUACAGAGGGCUGCAGUAGUGUGGCUCUUCUACAUAAGCACUUGCAGUUAUUGUUGCCUCAUGCCACAGAUAUUUAUAAUCGUUCUGCAACUCUUCUGAGAGAAAGCUCUGGAAAUGGCAGUGUGUGUGAGAAGCUACGAGAUGUGAUCUACAUGUCUGCAGCAGGCAGUAUGUUGUGUCAGAUUGUGACGUCCCUGCUGUUGUUGCCUGUAUGGGUGGCAAGGCCAUUGCUCAGUUACCUCUUAGACCUGCUGCCCCCUCUGGACCAUCUCAACAGACUCCUACCUGCUGCUGCACCUCUAGAGGAACAGGAGUUACAGUGGCCUCUACACGGCACCCCAGAUCUGGUUGAUCCAGUUUGUGUGUCAGGACCGGCACAGUACUGGGUGUGGUUAGUGGAUCUUGAGCGCACCGUAGCCCUUCUGGUGGGACGCUGUCUUGGGGGAAUGCUGCAGGGUGCCCCACCCUCACCAGAGGAACAGCAUACUGCUCACUGGCUCAAAACACCACUCUUCAGUAAUGGCUUAGAGACUGACAUACCCCAACUUGAUGCUUGUAUCAGCUCUUUGCUGGAAGUGGCUUUAUGUGGGAAUGAGGAGCAAAGACCCUUUGAUUGUCAGUUGCGUGCUGACAUGAGUGUGCUAGUGGAUUUGGCCCUUGGAUCAACUAAAGAGCCCACGCACAGCCUGUGGACAAACUUGCAGGACUAUGCCAUCAGCAAGGAUUGGGACAGUGCGUUGCUGCCUAACGAGGCUCUGUUAGACACAGUGUCACGGUUCGUACUUGGUGUACUGCUGAAACACACAGGGCUGCUGGGACAGGCAUGUGGAGAGGGGAGAUAUCAGCCAUGUAAGCUGUUGGCUGAGGUGUAUCGCAGUGUUUAUAAGGUGCGCAAUCGCCUCUUGGCUUGCAAGAACAUGGAGCUCAUCCAGACCCGCUCGUCAUCCAGAGAACACUGGAUUCCUGAUAACGUGGACUCAGUGGAGUUGGACCCUCAGGAGCACUCCUUCACUCGAACUAUAGAUGAGGAGGCUGAAAUGAUAGAGAGAGACAGAGAAAGAGAAAGAGAAAGAGAGGAAGGACACCAGGAGCAGGAAGACGAUGAGGAGGAGAGAGAGCAUGAGGUCAUGACCGCAGGAAAAAUCUUUCAAUGUUUUCUAUCAGUACGGGAGGCUGCGCGAGGGAGAGACAAGGAUCGAGCCGGCAGCAUGAGCAUACAAGAGGAGCCGGCUCAGCACGGGCUUGAGCGCAGGUGCAGCACUGUUCCGCAGGAAGGACAGGAUCUUUACACCACCGCAUGCAAUGCUGUCAUCCACCGCUGCGCCAUGCUCCUGCUGGCCGUCAGCACACCACUCACACAGCAAAUCAACCAGCAGACGCUGAUGGGCGGGGUCAACCAGGAUGGAGGCGGGUUUAUUACGAGGAGUGAGAGCCUGACAGCUGAGAGUCGAUCCAUUCAGAACAGUCCCAGCUACAGGCUCACAAAAUCCAGAAGUGAGUCUGAUCUGUCUCAGCCAGAGUCUGAUGAAGAGGGAUACUCACUGAAUGCAAGGAGGAAUGUGGAUCUGGAUUUAGCUUUCACUCCUAAAAAAAGAGGCUUUCUUUACAGUUCUCCAGACUCUUCUGCUGAAUGGUUUGGGGGACGAUUGGCCCGUGAGUGUUUAUACAGCUAUCCACAGUUCUACGAGGAGUCAGACCUCGAUCUAAACCACUCUCUCAGGCUCCAUGCACUAAUUGAGAACAUAGUGAACUUCAUCAGUGGAGAUGUUGGGAACACCCCUGCUUUUAAAGAACCAGAAGAGAGUGUGUCUACCAGCCCACAAGCCAUUAUUAUAGCCAUGGAGAAGCAACAGGGCCGAGCAGAGUUGCGUCUGGAGGCCCUUCAUCAGAUUGUGGUGUUAAUUUCUGGGAUGGAGGAGAAGAGCAGUCAGGCAGGCACUGGAGGUGGAGCUGGAUGGACGUGCCUUAGUUUUCACUCUGCCUCUUUGCUAACAUCAGUCAGACUGCAGUUCCUGUCUGGGUGUUUUGGCCUGGGUGCCAUCAGCAGUGGUGGUCUCAAGGGGGAGAGUGUCCAACUACACCAUUACCAGGAUGAAGUCAGAGCAGCCAAGAAAUGUUUACAGAUGGACAUUCAGACAGCUGUGCAUAAGAUAUACCAGCAGCUGUCAGUCACAUUAGAGAGAGCCCUUCAAGCAAACAAGCACCACAUCGAGGCCCAACAGAGGCUGCUCUUGGUGACAGUCUUCGCUUUAAGUGUGCGUUACCAGCCUGUGGACGUGUCAUUGGCUAUCUCCAGUGGCCUCUUGGAUGUUCUCUCUCAGCUUUGUGGCACUGAAACUCUCCUUGGACAGACUCUGCAACUAUUGCACAAGCCUACGGGCUCUCAACUCAGCACUGCUCUUAAAGUAGCCAGCACCAGAUUGCUGCAGAUACUAGCCAUCAGCACCGGAACAUAUGCAGACAGGUUGAGUCCAAAGGUGGUCCAGUCUCUUUUGGACCUUCUGUGUAGUCAGCUGAAGACUCUGCUGUCUCAGGCUGCAGGAAGCACGCUCAGUGCAAGUCCAGAUCUUCAGGAGAAGACUGACGAUUGUGCAGAUGUCCAGAAAAAAGAUUUCCGAUCAUUGUUACGAAAGAGACACACUGCAGAACUGCACCUUGGAGACUUCUUGGUGUUUCUGCGUCGAGUCGUCUCUUCCAAAGCCAUCCAGUCCAAGAUGGCAUGUCCUAAAUGGACUGAAGUUCUUCUCAACAUUGCUGCUCAGAAAUGCUGCUCAGGCAUUCCAUUGGUUGGUAAUUUGAGGACUCGGCUGUUAGCCCUGCAUGUUCUGGAAGCUGUACUUCCUGCCUGUGAGAGCAGUGUGGAGGACCAUCUGAUGUCCCAGGUGGUGGAGAGAUUGUUUUCCCUGUUGUCUGACUGUAUGUGGGAGGCUCCUGUUGCUCAAGCCAAACACACCAUGCAGCUGAAAGAGAGAGAGCAGGAGCUGAAGCUACAGGGUGAGCCAGAGGAGGAAGAGGAAAAUUUACCUAUCCAGGAGGUGACCUUUGACCCUGAGAAGGCUCAGUGCUGUGUAGUGGAAAGUGGACAGGGACUGACUCAUGGCAGUGGGGGCAAAGGUUACGGUCUAGCUUCCACUGGCAUUUCAUCUGGCUGUUACCAGUGGAAGUUCUAUAUUGUGAAGGAAAAUCGUGGCAAUGAGGGCACGUGUGUGGGUGUGUCGCGCUGGCCAGUGCAUGACUUCAACCACCGCACAACGGCAGACAUGUGGCUCUACCGCGCAUACAGUGGCAACCUCUACCAUAACGGAGAGCAGACCCUCACGCUGUCCAGCUACACACAGGGAGACUACAUCACCUGUGUGCUGGACAUGGAGGCUAGGACUGUGUCCUUUGGGAAGAAUGGAGAGGAACCCAAACUGGCCUUUGAGGAUGUUGAUGCAUCAGAGCUCUACCCUUGUGUCAUGUUCUACAGCAGCAACCCAGGAGAAAAGGUAAAAAUCUGUGACAUGCAGAUGAGGGGCACACCCCGUGACCUGUUGCCUGGUGACCCGAUCUGCAGCCCUAUUGCCACUGUCCUCGCUGAAGCCACCACCCAGCUGGUGCGGAUCUUGCACCGCUCUGAACACUGGACGCAAACUAUCAACCGCAGCAUUCUGCAGCGCCUCCAGCAGAUCAGAGGUUGUCUUCGGGAAGGCGCACCUCCAGCAGGGGCCACCAGACUGCACAAGAGCCGCUCGGCACAGAGCCGAGAGGAGCAAGAUGAGAAAGAGGAAGAGAGAGAGGAAGAAAGAGGAAGAAGCGGACGGCAUGCUUCCGUAGAGCUGUCAGAGAUGCACUUGCGAACGCUGUGCCACCAGGUGUGGCCUGUGUUAGCUGUUAUAGGGGGAGUAGAUGGUGGGUUGAGGAUGGGGGGACGGUGUGUGCACAAGCAGACUGGGAGACAUGCCACUCUGCUGGGUGUGGUGAAGGAGGGGAGCACAUCAGCCAAGGUGCAAUGGGAUGAGGCGGAGAUCACAAUCAGUGACACGCCGCUGUAUAACCUGGAGCCGAUUGAGGCCCUGCCCUUUGACGUAUCUCGUUUCCGCGGACUCACUGCGGCUCUGCUGCUGGACCUCACCGCCCUCGCCAGCCUGCAGGAUGACAGCCCCAAACCUGCCUCCUCCCGCCGGCAUGAGCGCAGACAUCGGCACGAACCCCAGGAAGAACGUGAGAGUGAGGCACGCACCAAGACAAAGGAUGGAACAGGAGACCUGCGUGUAUCUCACAGCCUAGAUGAGGUUCGAGCUCGCACACCUACCAAUUCACGCUCCGAGAGUGAGCUGGCCACCUACACGCAGGACACCACGCAGGACACCACGCAGCACACCACGCAGCAAACGCCAGCCGAGGGACGCCGCAGGCUGCAGGAGAUUGUGGGGUCACGGGGAAGCUCACAGGAGGCUGCCGCGCAGAUGGAAGUGCAUGCGGUGCAGCUGACAUAUCUGUAUCUGGGAGCGAUGAAGACUUUGAGCGUCCUCCUGAGCUGUAGUAAAUAUGCUGAACUGCUGCUGAUCCCUAAAGUGAUGCCCGACAAUGGCCAUAAUGCAGACUGUGCCAGUCCGGGUGUGAGCGUCUGUCAGGAAGAGGCGGAGAUGCGAUCGGCUCUACAGUUUCUCAUGCGACACAUGGUGAAGCGGGCAGUGAUGAGGUCACCCAUCAAAAGGGCAAUUGGGCUGGCAGACCUGGAGCGGGCACAAACCAUGAUCUACAAACUGGUGGUCAAUAGCCUACUGGAAGAACAGGAAGGCCAGAGUGCCAAACCAGUGGACACAGAAUGUGAGGAGUUGGAGGGAGAGCAACAGUUUCAGACUCCAGUCACCACCUCCCCCUCAGCCUCUAGCAGCACCUCCUUCAUGAGCUCCUCACUGGAGGACACCACCACAGCAACCACACCUGUUACCACAGCAACCACCCCAGUCACUGACGCUGAGACCGCACCAGCUUCUGAGUCACCUGGAGUGAUGCCACUCAGCCUGCUCAGACAGAUGUUCUCCAGCUACCCGACCACCACUUUGCUGCCGGCGCGUAGAGCUCAGACCCCUCCCGUCUCAUCAUUGCCCACCUCACCUUUGGACGAGCAUGGCCGUAGACAGAGCCUCACAUCACCCGAGUCCCAGCCUGCCAGGACCACCAGCAGGACAGCUCUAUCGGAUCCCAGCAGUCGACUCUCUACAUCUCCACCCCCUCCAGCUAUCGUAGUUCCACUGUUGGAAAUGGGCUUCUCGCUCAGACAAAUCAUGAAAGCUUUGGAAGCGACAGGUGCUUGUGGUGAGGCAGAUGCUCAGAACAUCACUGUACUUGCGAUGUGGAUGAUCGACCACCCGGGGACAGCAAACUCUGAAGAGUCUUCAGACCCCUGUUCUGGGGCUGCAGGAGGGGGCAAGAGCAUAGAGAGGAGCUACCUGCGCUCCCCGGAAGACAUCCCCAAUGCUGAUGCUGCAGAGUUGGAGGAGGGAUUCAGUGAGAGUCCUGAAGGACUUGAUCAAGGUUCAGCCUCUGCCUCGGCUGAUCCCACUCACAGGGGACGCUCUGCAGCCAGCAGGAAGCACCGCUUUGACCUUGCUGCACGCACUUUACUAGCUCGUGCAGCUGGAUUGUACCGCUCAGUACAGGCACAUCGAACUCAAGCCCAUCGAGAAGGCUCCGGGCUGCAGCAGGAGUCUGGGCCUCUGGGAGCGCUGUACGACUUCAAUCUGGAUGAAGAGCUGGAACUGGAGCUGGAUCAGGAGGCCAUGGAGGCCAUGUUCACCCAGGAGCUGGCAUCUGACUCCGACAUUCUGGGAAUGUGGAUCCCAGAGGUAUUGGACUGGCCAACAUGGCACGUGUGCGAGUCGGAGGACCGUGAUGAGAUGGUUGUGUGCGAGCUGUGCGGGGUGAGCGUGUCCAGUUUUAACCAGCACAUGAAGAAGAGCCACCCGGGCUGUGGUCGGAGUGCCAAUCGCCAGGGUUACCGCAGUAAUGGAUCUUAUGUGGACGGCUGGUUUGGAGGAGAGUGUGGAAGCGGGAAUCCCUAUUACCUGCUCUGUGGCAGUUGCAGAGAGAAAUACCUCAACAUGAAGAGCAAGAUCAAAGGACCACUGCCAGAAAGGUAUAAAGGUCAAGCUCCAGACCUGUUGGGAAAGCAAGACAGUGUGUAUGAAGAGGACUGGGACAUGUUAGAUGUAGAUGAUGCAGAGCGUCUGACAGGUGAGGAGGAGUUUGAGAUGCUUUCUGCUCCGCUGGGUCUCGGUGAACACAGACCCGUCCCGGAGGCCGUCCAUUUUCCUGACACUGACCCCCUCGGAGCAUCUGUUGCCAUGGUCACAGCCACCAACAGCAUGGAGGAAACUCUUUUGCAGAUAGGUUGCCAGAGUUCAGUUGAUAAGAGCUCAUCAGGUCGAUUGUCUCUGGGGGAGCAGGCGGCAGGUCUGCAGACAUCUGCUGAUCGCCUGGUAGCUCUGAAGAGAGUCACUGCAGCUGCACAAGUCCUGUUGGCCAGAACGAUGGUCAUGAGAGCACUGUCCCUGCUCUCAGUAAGUGGUUCGAGUUGCAGUCUGGCUGCAGGAUUGGAGUCUCUAGGCUUAACAGACAUCAGGACUCUGGUACGUCUGAUGUGUUUGGCUGCAGCAGGUAGAGCUGGACUAUCUACAGGUCUUGCAUUAGGCCCUGGAUCCUCUGAACGGCCACGAGGGGCCAACAAGCCCACCAAACCCAUCUCCUGUUUGGCAUACCUCAGCACUGCUGUGGGCUGCCUGGCAUCGAAUAGCCCCAGUGCUGCCAAACUACUGGUUCAACUGUGCACUCAGAAUCUGAUAUCAGCUGCCACUGGGAUGAAUCUGACCACAGUGGAUGAUCCCAUCCAGAGGAAAUUCCUGCCAAGUUUCCUGAGGGGUGUGGCAGAAGAGAACAAGCUGGUGACAUCACCCAAUUUUGUGGUGACCCAGGCACUGGUGGCCCUGCUUGCUGAUAAAGGUGCAAGGCUUCGACACGGCUACGACAAGGCCGAACUGGAAAAGAGAGGGUUAAUAUCGCCUCUCUAUGCACACCUUUCCUGUGCCCCCCUUGCUGUAGGCCCAUUGGAGCUGGCAAAUGCUCUGGCGGCGUGCUGCCUCUCAUCUCGACUCUCGUCGCAGCACCGCCAAUGGGCCGCGCAGCAGCUGGUGCGCACACUGGCUGCUCAUGACCGAGACAACCAGAGCCGCCCACAGACAUUUGCAGACGUGGCAGGAGACCUGCGAAAGUGGUCCACUUUCAGACUUGAGGCUCACCAGAGCCAGGUGAUCACAUGCGGGUGGUGUAGUAAAAAAGGCCUCCUGGCCACCAGCGGGAAUGACGGAACAGUCCGUGUUUGGAACGUCAGCAAAAACCAGUACACUCUGCAGCAGACAUGUGUCUUUAACAAAGCAGAUGACACCUCAGAGGAGUGUAUGAGUAAUAUGGGCUCACCAGGUGAUCCGAGCCUUGCUCCAGUGGCCUGGAGUGUCAGUGGGAAGUACUUUGCUGCUGCCAUGGAGAAAAUAGUGAACAUCUGGCAAGUCAAUGGUGGGAAGGCCUCUUUUGACCUGCAACCCCAUUUGGUGUCGUCGUUAGCUUGGCCGGAAGAGGAGACGGGGUCUCUGUGGGGCGGGGAGCCUCGAGAGCUACUAUUGGUGGGUCGCAUGGAUGGAACACUGGGCCUUCUUGAAGUCCUGGAUGAUUCUGACAUGCAGAGAAUUGAACUUCAACACUGCUACAGGAAAGACGUGGCCGUGAUUCAAAUUGCAUGGUACAGUGAGGACCGCCCCUUUGCUGUUGGAUAUGCUGAUGGAAGGCUUCUGAUUGGCUCUAAAGAGCCUUUAGAAAAAGGAUCUGUGGUGGUUAUUGAUGCCCACAAGGAAAGCAUCAUUUCAUUGCGCUGGGCUCCAGGUGGGCAAGUGCUGAUAAGCUGUGCCAAAGAGGAGAUUAUUCGACUAUGGUCCGGAUUGGGGACAGAGUUGGGCCAAAGUUGGACGUGUCUGCAGAGUAUCACCCACCCUGCUGUUGUUAAUGCUGUUGCCUGGUGCAACCUGCCUGGUCAAGGACCCAAACCUCUCAACAUGUUUGCCACAUGUUGUCAGAACGGUCUGGUAUCUGUGUGGAUGGUACCACAGGACCCCUCAUCAUACUCUCAGUCCAGCACUGCCUGCCCUGAUGCAUGGUGGGAAUCAGAAUCCAAGUCAAAACUGAUGCUGGACCCACAGCGGUGUGAAGGAGCAAUGUGUGUGCUCCAGCUGCGGGGUCAUAUGACUCCUGUUCGAACAGUAGCUUUUAGUCCAGAUGGGUUGGCUCUGGUGUCUGGGGGUGUUGGCGGACUUUUGAACAUCUGGUCUUUGCGGGAUGGAUCAGUGCUGCAAACAGUAGUUGCUGGAUCAGGAGCUAUUCACAACACCGUUUGGAUUCCUGACGUGGGUGUGGCAGUCUGCUCCAACCGCUCAAAGGAUGUGCUGGUUGUUAAUUGCUCAGCAGAGUUCAUGGCAACCAGUCAUGUGUUAGCAACCUGCCGAACAGCGCUGAAGAAACAGGGUGUUAUGGGACUGAACAUGGCACCAUGCAUGAGGGCUUUCCUGGAGAGACUUCCCAUCAUGCUUCAGGAGCAAUAUGUAUAUGAGAAGCCUCACGUGGUUUGCGGAGAACAGCUCAUCCACAGUCCUUACAUGCAGUGUCUUGCGUCUUUGGCGGUGGGUCUGCAGCUGGAUGCUCUGCUGUGUCACCCUCCUGUCCCACUCCACCUGGCCCACUGCCCACCUGAGCCUGGCUCCUCCUCUUCACCCUCCCCUGGCUCCUGGGCCAGCAGUGAGUGGGCAUGGCUCCAAUGCUUCACCACCACUGUCAAAACAGCCGAGGCUCUCGCACGUGGACAUACCUUCCCCGAGUCUUUCAUAGUUCCAGACCUGGAGCCCGUAGCCAAGGACAAAUUGGCACUGCUUAUGGAUAACAGCAAGUGGAUGUCUGGGAUGGAUGAACAGAUCAUGUCUUGGGCCACGUCCAGACCAGAGGACUGGCACCUAGGAGGGAAGUGUGAUGUGUUUUUAUGGGGUGCUGGCAGGCACGGGCAGCUCGCUGAGGCCGGACGCAACAUUCUGGUGCCAACUCUUGCUCCCUCAUUUUCUCAGGCCCAACAUGUUGAUUGUGGGCAGAACUGCACAUUUGUGAUCCAGGCAAAUGGAACGGUGUCUGCAUGUGGAGAGGGCAGUUACGGCCGCCUCGGACAAGGAAAUUCAGAUGAUCUGCAUGUCCUCACUGUCAUAUCUGCUCUGCAAGGAUUUGUGGUGACUCAGCUUGUAACAUCAUGUGGGUCUGAUGGCCAUUCGAUGGCUCUGACUGAAAGUGGAGAGGUGUUCAGCUGGGGAGAUGGAGAUUAUGGAAAACUGGGACACGGCAACAGUGACAGACAACGCAGACCCCGGCAGAUAGAGGCACUGCAGGGGGAGGAGGUGGUGCAGAUGUCAUGUGGCUUUAAGCACUCAGCGGUGGUGACUGCAGAUGGAAAGCUCUUCUCCUUUGGUAAUGGAGACUAUGGCAGACUGGGGCUUGGAAACACCUCUAACAAAAAGCUGCCAGAGAGAGUCAGUGCUCUUGAGGGUCACCAUGUCGGCCAGGUUGCAUGUGGGCUGAAUCACACUCUGGCAGUAUCGUCUGAUGGAAUGACGGUUUGGGCAUUUGGAGAUGGAGACUAUGGCAAACUGGGUCUGGGAAACUCUACAGCCAAAUCAUCUCCACAGAAAGUGGAUGUUUUGUGUGGAAUUGGAAUAAAGAAGGUGGCGUGUGGGACACAGUUCUCCGUUGCUUUAACUAAAGAUGGAAACGUCUACACGUUUGGCCAGGAUCGUUUAAUUGGUCUGCCAGAGGGCCGAGCACGAAAUCAUAACCGGCCUCAGCAGGUCCCUGCUCUUAUGGGCAUGUUCAUGGAGGAUGUGGCUGUUGGGGCAGAGCAUACGCUUGCACUCUCAUCAAAUGGAGAUGUUUACGCCUGGGGGAGCAACUCAGAGGGUCAGUUGGGCUUGGGCCACACCAACCAUGUCAGAGAGCCGACCCUCAUCAGUGCUUUACAAGGCAAAAACAUCAAGCAGAUCUCUGCAGGUCGCUGCCACAGUGCCGCAUGGACUGCACCACCUGUACCACCACGUGCUCCAGGUUCAUCAGUGCCUCUGCAGCUUGGCUUGCCCGUGUGUGUGCCUCCUCAGUACAGUGCCCUAAGAGAGGUCAGUAUGGAGGCUCUGAGAGCCAGACUACGCCUUCUCUACCAUUUCUCUGACCUCAUGUACUCUUCAUGGAGACUGCUCAACCUCAGCCCCAACAACCAGAGCUGCACAUCGCGCUAUAAUGCUGGAACAUGGGGUAUUGUUCAAGGACAGCUGAGGCACCUGCUGGCCCCUAGAGUUUACACAUUGCCCAUGGUGCGCUCCAUCGGUAAAACCAUGGUGCAAGGGAAGAAUUACGGCCCACAAAUCACAGUCAAAAGAAUCUCCACACGAGGGAGAAAGUGUAAACCCAUCUUUGUGCAGAUCGCUAGACAGGUUGUAAAAUUGAAUGCAUCUGACUUGAGGCUGCCAUCGCGAGCCUGGAAAGUCAAGCUGGUGGGUGAGGGAGCAGAUGAUGCAGGAGGGGUGUUUGACGACACAAUCACAGAGAUGUGCCAGGAGUUAGAGACAGGAGUGGUGGAACUUCUUAUCCCUUCCCCCAAUGCUGCUGCUGAGGUGGGCUACAACAGAGACAGGUUCUUGCUGAACCCCUCAGCCUGUCUGGAAGAGCACUUACUGCAGUUUAAGUUUUUGGGAAUUCUGAUGGGAGUGGCCAUCCGCACUAAGAAGCCUCUAGAUCUGCACCUGGCUCCAAUGGUGUGGAAGCAGCUGUGCUGUAUUCCUCUCACCCUUGAGGACCUGGAGGAGGUGGACCUGCUCUGUGUGCAGACCCUCAACAGCAUCCUGCACCUGGAGGACAGCGGCAUCACCGAACAGAACUUUUAUGAGAUGAUUCCCCUUGAUUCAUUUGUCGGUCAAAGUGCUGAUGGAAAAAUGGUUCCCAUCAUCCCAGGAGGAAACAGCAUACCACUGACCUUUUCCAAUAGGAAGGAGUAUGUAGAGCAUGCCAUUGAGUAUCGCCUCCAUGAAAUGGAUCGGCAGGUGGCGGCAGUUCGAGAGGGCAUGUCCUGGAUAGUUCCUGUUCCGUUGCUCUCUCUACUUACAGCUCGACAGCUGGAGCAGAUGGUGUGCGGGCUGCCAGAGAUCAGCGUGGAGGUUCUGAAGAAGGUGGUUCGCUACAGGGAGGUGGAUGAGCAGCAGCAGCUGGUGCAGUGGUUCUGGCAAACGCUAGAGGAGUUCUCCAAUGAGGAGAGAGUGCUCUUCAUGCGCUUCGUCUCUGGACGCUCUCGUCUGCCGGCCAACACUGCAGACAUCUCCCAGCGGUUCCAGAUCAUGAAGGUGGACAGGCCAUAUGACAGUCUUCCCACCUCUCAGACGUGCUUCUUCCAGCUCCGCCUCCCACCUUACUCUAGCCAAUCAGUAAUGGCCGAGCGGCUGCGUUAUGCUAUUAAUAACUGCCGUUCUAUUGAUAUGGACAACUACAUGCUGUCCCGCAAUGUGGACAAUGCAGAGGGGUCGGACACAGAUUAUUGACACAAUUAACACAGUGUAUAUGCUGUGUUGGACUGUUUAGGAUUUGGUACAGGCUUUUAUUAUUUUUAUGAUUAAACACAAUCCAGUGUUUUUAUUUUCACCAUUCAUCAUUUUGUUUCUUAGCAGUUAAACUGAACUUGGAUGGGCCACACAAUCUGUUCACACACACACACACACACACACACACACACAUGUAUAUUCCUUCUAUUCUCUGAAGCUCAGUCUUUUUCCACUAUCCAUUUUUUGGCUCUGCCUCUUUUUCAGGAUAUUCUGCAUGAAAUUAUGUUGUUUAAAAAUGUAUAGAAUGAUUUAAAAAACAAUAUUGCACAUUGUGUAUAAUGCUUCAUUAGGAAAUUGUUUUACUUGAGUAUCUGUAUUUAUUUGAAUUUUUUGAACCGCAUUCACCAGGUUUCUUAUGGCAGAGAUGCAAUAAAUGUUUCAA